CACCCUUGCUCCUGCUGUUCUCUCGGCCCGUCUUUCCGUGGCCGCAGUGCACUCUUUUGCCUCUCACCCUUUGCUCUGCAGUGCGUCUGUGUCGCCUCUAUUUGUUUGUUUCGUUGCUUCCCUGUCACGCCGAGUAUGGUUUUGCUUCUACGCGCCCUCCCUCUUUUUUUCACGAGCCAUACUGUCCUCUGUCGGUAUCGUCUACCAGCACUUGUGCACAGUGCCAGACAUCGCCUGCAUCUGGAACGCUACCGAUGCUUCGGACGGCGCCUCUGGAUUUCUCUGUGAUACCAGUGAGCGUCAGCGGACGUUGCCUUCGUGAAUGGCCCUACAGUUGCUGGUACUGUAGACCCGACCACUGCACGGUGUUGGUUCACCCACUUCGGGUGUCUUUGUCUGUAUGUUUGUGCCUCGUCCUCAUUGCAGGAUGUGACCUAGAUUGAAGGUUUUCGUGUUGUCAGUGUCUUUGAUGCUCUUCCAGAUCCAUCGUUUGGCGCUUGAAACUACGAACACUGUCUUGUGCGUGCGUGCACACGUCGAGAUCCGCUUCUCAAGGGGUGCAUCAUUGACACAUUUUCCGGCCAUAUACCUCAGUGCGCUUGAGUCGUAGCUGCUGAGGAGCAGCUACGACUAAUUUCUGUCAACACUCGGUCUAAGUGGCUGGAGUCGCAUCGUACAUUUAUAUCUACUGUUCCGCUCUCUUUCGGGGAGAGCGGAUGCGGCGAAAGGGAGGAAGGCCAUUUCUUCCUUCUCUCCCUAACCGUCAACAUGUUUGGAAAUACUUCCUCUGCAGGGAGGUUGGGAUGUGGUUGUGUUCUGUAUAUCGUGCACCAUUGAAAGUUUUCGGCUUUCUUGUCGCGCACGGAAUAGGGUGUGCGUUAUGACCACAUGCUUAGUGCGCUAUUUUCGCUUCAGCGUCUACCUCAGGUCAGCAACAGGUCGUUUUCACGCGCAUGAGCACAGGAUCCGACGCAUACCUCUCCACAGUUUGACAUGCAUUCUCUGGCGUAUGUCGAACAUAUGUGGCUUGUAUGCGUGGUUCAUCAGAUCAUUUUAGUUUACAGCGGACGUAGUUUCUGUCGAUCGGGACUGACGGCGCAUUUGCUACAACCAUAAGUUUCGUGGCCUGGCUUGCCCAUGCGCUACGUUACCCUGCCUCGACUGGACUAUGUGACUCCAGUACAGAGUACAUAAAAGCAUAACGUCCCGUACAUUGCUUUGUUCAGUUACGUCUGAAUUGUGAAGCUCCCAGAAAAUGUGUGAUUUCAGAUCUCGAAAGAGACUGCACGAGUCCGAUCCGUACAUGGACAGCUCGCUGUCAGCAUUAAGCAGGGGCAUGGAAGAACCUGGCUCCUUAUUUCAUCAUGGCGAGGUGGGCAUGAGCAACUCGAGUUCGAUGUUGAGCCCUGAGCUUUGCGCUACCUCAAUGGAGACUGCAGAGGAGUUGAGGCACUUGUUGAUGUGUGCAACAAUUGAGCUAGAAUCUGCUCGAGACGCAGCAAGCGCCCAAGGGAAACUGCAUGAAGCGCGAGUUCGGCAUCUGGAGGAGCUUCUGCGAAAAACCACGCGUGAACGAGAUGAAGCACGGGAGCAGUUCAUCCAACUUCAAGGGCGGCUGUCUCUGUCUCCAAGCAGGAAUGGUUCGGGCCUCGUCGACAACGUACAGAACGCAGCGAAUGCAGCAGUAGAGGCGGAUCUACACCAAAAGCAGCAAUUUCAAAUCCUUGAAGAACUCCAGAAACAUUUGGAGCUUCAGGAACAUUCUAUGACUUCUCCCCAAACUCAGAUGGUGCAUCAAGACCAGCACAUGGAGGAUGGUUCUCAUGUGCAUCAAAUUUCUCCUCCGCAUUCGCAAGUCAUCCGACCUGAAGAUCACAUGGAGCAGCUGGAAGACUCAGUUCAAGGCAUGAAGCAAAUGAAUGUCCCAUCUCCGGAUUCGCAUUCAAGCUUGCAUCCACUGUCGCGGAUGCAUUCUCCGGAGAAUCACUGUUCUAUGAACACACUGCAGGAGCUCCACCAGGUUUCUUCGUCAUCGGAUUUGCGGCAGAUGGAGCUUGCACAUCAACAGCAACAACCACAAAUGGAACAGAACGUCCACCAUCAACAUCACAACCACUACAACAUCGGUCUCAUUCGGCAGAGCACAGAUGGACAGUUGGAGCAAGAAUCCGAGCGUAUCCUGUCGCACGUGCAGCAGCAAGCUGAACAUCAGCAACAACUCCAAGUUGAGCGGAAAUCAUCUCUUCAUCAGCAAGUUGUUCAGAAAUCUUUACCACCGAUUUCCGUCAAACGUCAUUGUGAUUCUCCGAGUAGGUCUACUGCCCUUCAGCAUCAAGAAUCUCCAUCUGGCUUAUCAGUGCGUCGUCAUCGGGAUACUCCAUUGGCCAUGUCCGGGUUGAACCACCGUGAUUCUCCAACAGCAAUGUCCGUUAUGCAGCAUUAUCGAGACUCCCCGACAGCAAUGUCCACCAUGCAACAUCGAGACUCACCUUCAGCGAGGACCUUUAUGCAGCGCAGAGAGUCACCUUGCAUAUCAAUGACAAUGCAGCACCCAGCAUGGCAAGCAGUGCCUGGGGAGAAUUCACCGUACUCGUCUCCAGGGUUGUGCUCACCACCUUUGUCGAAUGGGCUUGGGUUACCGUCUGUCAACCUUCACAGCGGGUCAGCGGUGGCGUCACUGCUGAGCCCCCUUGAUCGGUUUCAGAGCCUUGGCGUCUCGAGUCCCAUGCACCUGUCAUCACGACCAGUUCACCUUCCGGAGCCACCCGAAUCGGAUUUGCAAGUGAUGCUGAAUUCACUACCUGAGAAAGGAAAGCUUCUGCAAGCAGUAAUGCAGGCGGGCCCACUGCUGCAGACACUCCUCGUAGCUGGACCACUUCCCCAGUGGAGACAUCCUCCACCGGCAUUAGAUACACUCGACAUCCCGCGUGUGUCGAUGUCCUCUUCACCUUCCUGCGAUAUGUCACGGAACAUGAACACGGGUUUGAUGGCCGGGACUGGUAUGGAUCAAAACAUGGGCAUGUAUCUCCCAGCAUCGAUUCCCUCUCAGGAGCGGCAUUUGGCUCACCACCUCUCAUUGCCCCGUACAACAAUGUCUACUGGCGUUUCCUCUGGCCGCUCCUCGCAGGGAAUGGUUCGGGUGAACAGUAUGGGCAGCAUUGGCCACUUAGGUCCGGACAUGAGAAUGCUGAGCCAACCCUUGAAGUAUGCCAAAAUUCAUUGAGCGUAGUCUGUAUACUACUCACGAUCAGUCGACCCCAGUUCAGUUCUAUAUUUCGAGUUGGACUUGCACUUGGCGUGUUGGAUCCUAUUCGACCCCAGUCAAGUUCUCGGCUCGGGACCUGCGCUUGGCGUGUUGGAUUGCCGUCGACCCCGGUCAAGUUUCUGGAACUUGUACUUGGUGUGUUGUUCGUUCUUUUUCGGGCACCAAAUUUUGAGUGCGUAUUUUUUGAUGAUAUGCGUCCUAGUUUUCUCAUCAGCCAACCCCGGUCAAGUUUUCCCUGGACGGGAUGAUUCAUUGCACCUGGUGCGUUGUGCUUCUUUUUCGAAAGACACUGGUAGUUGCCUCAUCUUUUGGUAGCUCGGCUAGUUUGUAUUAUCAACCCCAGACAGGUCUUCCAAGCCCAGUGGUUCGCUGGAAAGCACUUCGUCUUGGAGUGUUGUGUUGACCAGAUUGCGGAUAUCAUCAUGAUUUGCUGCAGGUUUAGAAAUCAUCCUUCCAAGCGUUACAUGGUCAGUUCUGUUAGUGCCCCUGUUAGUCUCUCAGUAAGGAACUUGUAUUUUAUCUCAUACCCUGGCAGAUGGAAGUGAUAGUUCGCUUUCUUUUUAAAAAGAAUUUUGCUCAACAGGGUGUUUUCGUAGACACCGCAGCCCAGCGUGGUUCAUGUGGCACAUACGAGUGUGUGGCCACUGAUAUGAUCUGUUUGUGGCGGAGCUCCGCAUCUGAAAAUUAUCAUCGCAUAAAUGAAAAUAUUAUAAAGUUUAGUACUAA